UUUUACUGUUAAAUGCUGGACAGAGAAAAGAGGACUCCACUGUGGUGUUAUCCCAAGACUGUGAUGCUUGAGUUUUCCCUCACCACUGUGGUGCUGUAUGCUGUGUUGCAGAAAAGAACUGUAAUAAAACACCCCAUAAUCCACCUGGUCAUCGUCUGUGGUCUGUAGAAGCGCCAGUAGUGUGGAGCUGCAUCUCACAGAUAGCUUUGACCCGUCACAUAUGGAUGUUUGGUCUUCUGUUCCAUCAUCCUUUGAGGCCUGUUCUUCCACUUCUUUAUCAUCCUCUUCUUGCACCACGAGAGGCUGUUCCUCGGGCCAAAACAACAGCAGCACCAACAGCAAAUCUUUGAUGAACUGGAUUAUAUGUGGUUGGGGCUGAUCUACACAAAGGGGGGCCUCCGUGGAUGGGAUCAGGUGGUCCAAGGAUCAUCUGACAUUCUGACAUUAGGAGGUUCACACUCGCUUCAGUUCUUGUCUACAGGACGUGUGCAGCCUGGGGACUGACCUCUUUUUGAACAACUAACUGUAUUUAAUGGAGUUCCCAUCUCCUACUGUGACAGCUUGAAGAGAACAGAAGAGAUCAAACUUACUCUGCAAUCCAAAAACUUCCCUGAAUCUUGUGAUGAAUCGUGUGAUAAUAUGUUAGAGUCUCUCCAUGUGAUUCCAACAUUUACCAACAGGACAGUGUAUGUUAUACAGCGACGCCAUGGCUGCAUCCAGUCAACCAAUGGGAUUGUCUCUGCUUUUGAAGCCUGGGCAGUGAAUGGGAGGGACUUUAUAAGCUUUGACUCUGAAUCCCAGAGCUGGACGGCCCGGUCUCCCUCUGCUGUAACAGUUCAACGUCACUGGAACAAUAACAUUGCAAGGAAUUCUGCCUUUAGACACUUCAUCAGCAAACAAUGUCCACUACUGAUCCAGAAAAUUCAAUUAAAAUCAAUGCACCAAAGAACAGAGCUACAAGUUUUUGCCAAGCCCAUUGUUAACACAGUCGAGGCAAUUCUGAUAUGUCACACGAUGAGUACUGACAAAUCAGUGAGCUCAGUGCAUUUGAUUGGAGAUGGGGCCUCCAAGGCCAGUGGGAUCACCAUAACCGGACCAGUGCCUUCUGAAGACGGAUCAGUGAUCCUCAGACUGACAGCUCGGAUCUCCCUGAGCCAAAACACCAACAUGUAUGGCUGUAGAAUACUAACAGGAGGUCACAACUUCACUGUAUUUUGGGAUGGGAACACUCUUGACGGCAGACACCUAUAUAAAAAGUCAAGUGUCAACUGGAUAAUUCUGACAAAAACCCUUGGAUUUUGCUGCAUCAUGGUUACAAUCAUCAUUAUAUGCUGUGUAACCACAUUUCUUAAAUGUGUUAAGAUGAGGUCCAGUCGCCCUCCAACAAUCGAUCCACGGCUGGUGAAGCAGUUCUCCAGGAUGGUGGAAAGUGUUACUUCUCCAGAUCUGCAGAAUGUUGUUGUUUCAUACACCCAGUGUACAGAGAGAAACAGAGCAUGGGACCAGUGGGUGGUGAGGUUCACAUCAGAGGAUCAAGACUUCUACGAUCCAGAAUACUUUGCUAUUAAUGUCGAUGGGGCACAUCGAUAGUUAUGUAAGGAAUCGAGCAGGAAACUGAUUGACACAAAUCAAUCGAAACAGUUUUAAAUAGUAACUAUAAAUAUCUAACUAUAAACUAUAACUAACUAUAACUAACUAUAAAUAUCAAAUAUUGAAAUAUUGUGCACCAUGUCACAAAUAGGAAGUAAUUUUGGACACAACUUCUGUGUAACUUAAUAUGUGUAUUAUGCUGUACUGUAAUUGUACAGUCACUGUUGUUCAGGACAAGCUGUUCAGUCUAUAUCUUUAAAUUUUAAAAGUUUAAGUCAUGUAGCAAUGAAACGUGAUAAACUAAACAUUAUCCCUUCAUGAAGGAAUUUCACCAGGUAUUACUUAUAUCAUUGUAUGUUUGUACUUUAUAUCAUUAUGUUAUGUACUUAUUAUGGAUGUAUCAUAUGUUUUCUACUUUACCUGAUUUUAUUAACAAAGUUAGCCAUUAAAAUAUCUUUUUUUUAAUAUGUGUACUGAUAAACAGCUAAUGCCUGCAUUUCUUGUUAAGCUGCAUUCCAUUUCCAGUGUUACUUAUUUGCUAUUUUUUAUUAAUUUUACAUGUACGUGUCUAAGAUAUUUUCUUUCAAAUUCUUUAAAUCCAGAUGUCAAGAACAGAAUUCCUUUAUUCUAUUUGACUUUUAAUACAGAGGCAAACUUGUUCAAGAUGUGUUUACAUCACCGCUGUCUGUGAAAGCUGGAGUAAGAGGAAAGAGAGAACGUGCAUCAUGUCUGUCUGUAUGUAGCAAAAAUUAAAAGAAUUAUCUUUAAAAUUAGUAGUGAAAGAACCGCUGUUGUUUUUCACAUGUGGAUAUGUCUGUUUUAUAUGAUGUCUUACAUCAUGUUACGUAGAGUAGCUGCUAUAUUAGUGCAGUGAACGGAGACCCAGAUAAAAAAGAAUUAAGGAUGUGAAGAUUGAUUGGUCUUUAACUGAUCUACAUUUUAGGGAACCAGGGUUUCCUUUCUCUGCCACAACA